CAGACACAAACAGACAGAUAAACAGACAGACAGACAGACAGACAGGCAGGCAGGCAGGCAGGCAUACAGAUAGAGACAUGUCUUUGUCCGGGUCCUCCGGGUCUGGCUCCGGGUUCAGCCGGGAGGUGCAGCUGGCCACCGCGCUGCUGUGCAGAAACUCGGGCUCCAUGCCGCUGCUGCAGCUUCACGGCGAGCUGCUGCAGCGCUGCGACAUCACCGUAGAAGAGUUCUGCCUGGUCCUCCGGAGGUGCCCCCGCUUCCUGUUGGUCAGCGGGCCCGCGGAGGACGGCUGGCUGCGGCCGGAGGACUGCACGGUGGUGGCCAGGACGUCGCUGCGGCUGUGCGACAGGCAGGAGGAGUGCGGCAGCGGCGGCGGCUGCGAGCAGCUGCACCUCUGCAAGUUCUUCAUCUACGGAACCUGCAGGUUCGGCAAGGGAAGGAAACCUUGUAAAUUCUCCCACAACAUCCAAUCAGAUCAUAACUUGGCGUUGCUGAGAGAGUGCACGCUGCACGAGCUCACCGAGGAACAGCUGUCAGUGCUGCUGCUGCAGAACGACAACACACUGCUGCCAGAAGUGUGCGUGCACUAUAACCGUGGUGGCGACACCGGUCCUCACGGCGGCUGCAGCUUCCAGGCCGGCUGCACCAAGGUCCACCUGUGUCAGCACUUUGUUCGCGGCGACUGCGCGUUCGGACUGGCCUGCAAACGCCGGCACGCCAUCGACACACCUGGGCACCGCAUGCUGGCGCAGAAAGGACUGAGCGGUGACAUCAUCGACCAGCUGCCCUUCAUCUACCGAAACAUCCACCACCUCGCCACCUCUACCGCUACCGCCACAGAGAAAUGUCCUGAUUCUUCGUACGAAGCUGCCGAUCAGCUGGACCAGCAGCCGGAGAUCUGUCUGCACUACAUCAGAAACAGCUGCAGGUUCCAGAACGAGUGUCGGCGCAUUCACUUCCCCCUGCCCUAUCUUUGGGAGGUGUUUGAUGGCGUCGCCUGGACAGCCCUGCAGAACAUGGAGGACAUCGAGCGGGAUUACUGCGACCCGUCCAAGACACAGAGCAGUGGCGAUCCACCCGUGGACUUCCUGUCGUGGACUCGGGACUCGCAGGCGGUUCGCCGUCUGUCCACGGUUUCCUCGGUAACGAAGCCGCCUCACUACGUCCUGACCACUGAUUGGCUGUGGUACUACCGGGCGGAGCGGGGGAACUGGGUGGAGUACGGGCAGCCGGAUGAAAGGCAGCGCACCACGUCGGUGACGUCGCAGAACCUGGAGGAGGCGUUUCUGUCGGACAGAACCGGCGUAGUCAGCGUGGUCAAAGACCGGAGACAGUACGUCGUCAGCUUCAAAGACAUGUACCAGAGGAACCCCAAACACAGGACCAAGAGGAGAGUCCGUCGGCGCCCCCGCUUCGUCUCCGUGGCUAAGGGGACCAAUCAUUAGAGGGACCAGGACCUGAGGGGACCAAUCAUUAGAGGGACCAGGACCUGAGGGAACCAAUCAUUAGAGGGACCAGGACCUGAAGGAUUCUCGUCUGGAUCUGAUCUCGGGUUAACACACUUGGGUUUUUAACUGAACUGUCUAAGAUUUCUAUUCUAAAACAAAACGUGUGUGUGUGUCUGUGUUUGAGUAAGAGUGUGUCUGUGUGUGUGUGUGUAAGUGUGUGUGUGUGUGU